UCUGCCGGUGAGAAAAAAAACCCUCUUAGAAGAGGAACAUCCGGGUAAUUUGGUCAGCUGACCAAAACACGGAAGCCGCGCAGGCGGAUGAUCAGGAGAGUCAAAAAGAGACUCAUUUUCAGAGAAAUGCGUCCAUUAUUGAGGUUUUAGCAACUUUACAGGUGAAUAUAAAGCUUUAUUUCCAUAGAAAACUCUGAAAGUGGAAUUAUUUAAUCUUUGACUGACGUGACAGGACGGUAAAACCGAACGUUUCCAUUUAAGUUCUAGAUCCCUGAAGGUCUCCACUCUCUCCAAACUUCUCGUCUCUGUGCUGCUGGAGUUGAUCUUCAGCAUCUCCUGGAGUGGAGAUGAAGACGGUCUUAGGAGGCAGAGGAAGCUGGACUGGACGCUGUGAGAGAUCAGAGCGAGCUCAUCUAGACAGAAGGAGGCCGUUUUUCUGUCCUCAUCUAGUCGGUGGCAAGCAGGAGCUAAAGUCCAGACUUUGUGGGCAAAUGCAUCGGAGAAGAAGCCAAACAUGAAGGAGUCCGGCUCCUCUUUGAUGCUCUGCAGCAGCCGCUCCUCAACAAGCAGAUGGCGUACGUCCUGCUGGACAUCGCCGUGCUGGAGCUUUUCCCUGAACUCAACAAGGUAACGAGCAGAUCCGAGCCAGAACUCCGCUGAGGACUCCUGGGAACCGGAGCAAAGCUGGCGUCGCCACCGCCACCAGCUGGAGGAUUGAAGAUUCAAACACUUUUCAGAAGAAGACAAACCAUCCACUGUAUAUGAGGACUGGACCAAACAUUUGUGGAGCUUCUGGCAGCGGCACAAAGACGUACAUUAGCAGCCAUUGUCCCUCCGCCAUUAUGAAAGUAAACAGAGCUCCGUGAAGAGGCGGCGCCGCAGCUGCACGCACUCCAGCCCGCGUCUGUGAAGAGGGCGAAAGGGCCAAGCAACCCUCAAGACUUUGUCAGAGAUGAUCCCAUUAUCUGGAGCUCCUCAAGGGCCCGCCGGCCGCCGAGGCUUUGAAGAUCUACGGCUGGCACACGACUCGAGCGGCGGGAACGCCGCGCUGGCACCAGAUUAAAUGUUUCAGUCCUCCUCUACUCGCAUUCAGCCCCCAUGGUUGUUUGUCGAUGACAAAGAUCCUCAAGAUUCAAAAACAAUUUUAGAGUAAUCAAAUAUAAACGUACAUUUAACAAUAUUCCAUUCAAAGGUUUCAAACUUUAAACUGGAUUCUUGUUGGAUUUUUCACUAAAACUGGAUCCAGAACAAAGUUUAGGUUCUUGUUUGUUUCUACAAAUUUAAAAACUGUUUAUUUUUAUUCUGAUCACCUUAAAAACAACAGAUUAAAUCUUAACAAGGUCAGAAUUAAUUGACCUGAAAUUCAAGAUCUGAAUCUCUAGAAGAUAAACGAGUGAAAAUGAAAGUUUUGUUUUUCUCUCCAUGUGAUCAUUUGAUAAAUCUGCUGUUGGUUGUUUUAUUUUUUUGUCUGGUUUAUGAAAAGAUUUGUGCAAAUAUUUUUAUUUUAAAAUUGUUCUGAACAAAUUAUAAUCAAAAAAGCAAAGAGGAAAGGAUGUUAUAAAUGAAUAAAAAAUAAAAAUCCUAAUCGGAUUUGAAAAAAACAUUAAUUUCAAUCAAGUUUGACACGUAUUUCACUGAUUUAUUUGCAGAUUGAAUGAGUUUGUCUCAGUUUUCUUUGGAAGCUUCAAACUCAGCUCGUUUAAAAGAGCGCCACCUUCUGUUAAAUGAGCAGAAUCUCGGCAUGAAAACGGAACAUUUGAUCUAGAUUUUUUGUUUUUAAUGUGGCUGUAAAACAGUCAAAUAUCAUGACAGGAUUUAUAAGACUGGUGUAAAAAAAUCAAACUUAUUUAGACCUUUUUUUCUAAUAAAACAUCGCAGAUGAACAGUUUCUAAAGUUUAAUUCUUUCAUUUUCAGCUACUAAAAGUCUAUUUUAACACCAGGAUCCCAAAGACUAAAAUACAUUUACGUUUAAAAUAAAAGUUCAUUGCAAAUAAAUUAAAUUGAAAUUAUUUUUUUCACCAAAAUUUGAGCCUUUGUGUUUCAGGAACAAAAUUUGACCAAAUUAUUCCACUAAAAAGAUUAAAAUGAAAUAAAUACGUGAAAAAAGCAGAAUUAUGUUCAGAUUUUUUUGUUUAAUAAAAACUGCUGGAUUUGGGUCACUAAAAAAAGAAUAAAAUUCAUCCUAAAAAUGUUAAAAACAGGUUAAUUUCAGUUUUGCUUUGAUUUUCAUUACAGAGGAAGAUUUUGGCUCAAAUUUCAUUUUAAAAAAGCUGCAGCUUUUUAAAACAAAAAUGAUUUUUCUGAAGAGUAAAAGUUCAAAAUGUGUUAGAUGACUGUGAAAUGACCCGAACAGACGAGAUCUGAAAUCCUGUUUGUGUUUUGGAUUUUUAAAUAAUGUUUUAACCAAAAAAACCUUUUGAAAACAGAUCAAACCGUGUAAUUUGUAAUAUUUGCACAAAAUGACACUUGUUUUUUCAGAAAAGCAUUGAAAUUAUCAUCUUUCUCUACAAAAAAGGAAUAAAUGUAGGAGAAUCUGACCCUGAAAUGUAGUUUAUUGGAGUUUUAUUGUCUUUUUCCGUGUCCUCCUUUUUCCCUAAAUUUGAGCCUUUCGUGCUCGAAUUGUUCCACAGAACAUUUUGAAAUAAAAUAAAUAAGAAAAAAAAAGAAAAGCAGAAUUAUGUCCAGAUUUGUUUUUUUUUUUUGUUUGUUUUUUUUUUCCCAAGUUCAUUUUCUCACAAUUAAAACUUGAUUCUAACUACUUUCGUGGGGUUUCCAGAUGUCGGAGCCGGCCCUGAACGCCUCUCGGUUCAGACUUCUUUACCUUCUUCUGAACUCACGUGAGUUCGGUCUCCAGAGAACAAAGACUUCCAUCCUCUGACUCUCACUGAAGAGUUUCCAGGCAGGAGCAGGUGAUAGGAUGGAGGCUGAAGCCCCGCCCCCUCGUUUCUGGGACCUGCAGGUAUAAAGGUGUUGUUCACCUCCACCCCUCCAGCUCCUCUCUUACCUGCAGCAUGUUCCCGCGCUGCGGCUGCACCGCAGAACCUUUCCUCUCCUUCCCGCCCGGCCCGGACCGGUCCGGUUCCGGGGACUCGAACCUCCUCAGCUUCAGCCAGAUGGAGCUCAGCUCCUCCACCCAGAGCAGGCUCCACCCACCGCUGCUCUCCUGCGACCACGACUGCAGCCUGACCAAAGCGAAGCGCGCCAGAGUGGAGAGCAUCAUCCGGGGGAUGGUCUGCACGGAGCAGAGGCACGCGGGAACACCUGAGAGCGCAGGUGAGAGCGAGGAGACGGGGCAGCACCUCCACCUCAGGAGGAGCUUCAGCCACGACUGCGGGGGGGAGGAGAAGCCCCCCCUCUACGGCCUGUCUGGUCCUCCAGGAGGAGAAGGCGCGCGCUCUGACAGCAGGAGGAAGCAGGGAUGGAGGAAGCUGAAGCUGAUGAGCUUCUUCCAGUCCAGGCCGGAGCGGCUGCAGCUGAUGGCCGACGUCUUCAAGUCCGAACUGUCCCGAGCUGUGAGCAGAAGCGUGGACGCCCUCUUCAGGAGCAUGCCGCUCCUGCAGGAGGGAGACGCCGCUCCUCAGGCCGAGGAGAAGUGGAGCUUCUCCUGCUGUGGAGCUGCGGAGGUCCAAACAGAAGCUCUGUCUCUGGUGGUCCAGAGGCCCGACCUGGAACGAUCUGAAGCUCCUUCAACCCUCCUCUGCCACGACUCCUCCUCUGAGGCGGAGGAGCAAGGCUCCGGCAGGAGCAGCACCGUCAUAUCUCUGCAGGACGAAGAACAGCGGCGAGACGCGCGCUGGACGUCCGUCAAGUCCAAAGUGAACUCCAGGUCUGUGAGGAGUCCUCAUCAUCAGGCGGUGGUGGAGCCCAUCCUUCUGGAGAGUCUGAAGAUGGAGUCGGACGGCGUGGUCAGGAGUAAUCUGUACGCUCUAAACGAAGGCCUGACCGCAAACCACCUGAAGAAGGCGAAGCUCAUGUUCUUCUACACCCGCUACCCGAGCUCGCUGGUGCUGAGGUCGUGCUUCCACGACGUCCAGUUCACGCGCUGCAUCACCUCCCAGCUCAUCAAGUGGUUCAGCAACUUCAGAGAGUUCUACUACAUCCAGAUGGAGAAGUUCGCCCGCGCGGCGCUGGUGGACGGGCGGCUGGACGUCCGGGACCUGACUGUGGGCAGAGAAUCGGAACUGUUCAGAGCGCUCAACAUGCACUACAACAAAGCCAACGACUUCCAGGUCCCUGACUGCUUCCUGGUCGUGGCCGAGGUCACGCUCCGAGAGUUCUACGCCGCGAUUUCGCUGGGGAAAGACCGCGACCCGUCCUGGAAGAAAGCCAUCUACAAGGUCAUCUGCAAGCUGGACAGCGACGUCCCGGCCCAGUUCAGGAUUCACCAGUCAGUCUAGGGGGCGCGGCGGCGUCCCGGCGGAACAGCGGCCCGCCCAAAACAGGCUCCACGUUUGUAGCGUUGCAUUGUGGGUGAUUUAUAAAGUACUUUCAAGUUGGACGGUUUUGUGUUAGGGUUGGACGCCUUUAUUUUGAAAUUUUCAGAGGAAACAGAACCAUGUGAAGGAAACAUGUUUAUUUAGUCAAACUUCUUUUUAUUUUCAUACAAAACACUAUUUGAGAACAUAGACAUGAUAAGUGAAACUACAAAUCCAACAAAGAGAACCGCAGAGGAAAUUUAAAUUAAUCGAACGGUUUGGCGACGGAGCGUCUCCGUCUUCAGGCAGAUCAUCCGAUUAUUCCGUUACUUCAUCCGUGUUCUUGGAGCGUUAGGAGUCUUCUUCAAAUACGUUCCAUGAAUUAAAACAUUCUUCAAAAUUCAAUAAAUCUCCAGGUUAAAACUCUGGACUCAGAAAUGUGAAUUUAUGCAACUUGAAAGCGCCAACAGUUUGUCCUGUUUCUAAACAGCUGUUUUUGUUUACGUCCCACACAUUUGAUCCUAAACUCGACAAAGACGUGAAGAAUCUUUUUGUCUUCAUACUUACGAGAAUCCGUCCUCCGACCGUCACUCGUCUCCGUCGGUUGUUUUCCUGAUGAUCCAAAUAAAAAUGCUUCAUCCUGUAAAUUCA